CUGAGAAACCCCAACUGAAGAGACAGGUGGUGAGAAUGAAAGUGACCCCAAAGGAUCAAAAUCUGAACCUCAGUGAUCCUGCUGUUCAGGACGCCAUCUUACAAGAGAUAAGGAACAAGCUGAAGGAGCAGGGGUUACCUGCAGACACCAACGUUAUGUGGAAAAAGCAGAAAGAUGGGAAAGUCUUCCACAAGGAGGAAGAGGGGUCUCCCAAGAAAGAAGAGGAGGAGAAGAUGAUGAAGAAGAGGACGAAGAGGAUGACGACAAAGAGGGAACUAGUAUUAUGUUAAAUGUUCUCCUUACAUUUCUAUUUUCAUUUAGAUUAAUAUUCUGUACUGGUCCAGAUUGUCUCUGAUUAACUGAAACAGGUCUUUAUCUGAGAUACUUUA